AUGUCGGAUGUGGCCACGACCGAAGCGAUAGUGCCGAUUAAGAAGCGGCGAAGACGAGGGCGCUACGGUAAGGAGGGGGGUUUGAGGGAUAUCUGCGGCCACAAAAAUUUUUUAGAACCAAAAGUUCCCUGAAAUAAGGUGUUAAACUAAAAAGAACUAAGUCUUUUUCACUCAAAUUCCUUCCACGCCUAAGGCAAAGAUACCCCAAAAGUUUGAGCAACAGUCUUUUUUCUUCGGUUUUUCGGGGAUUUUGAUGUUUUUAUGACUAUCGAGAUUUUUUUAGAGCUAGGGUUGACUAAAAUAAGGCAAUUUUUUGUGGCUAUAAAAAAUUUUUAGAACCUAAAGUUCCCUGAAAUAAGGCGUGAGACAAAAGAAACAAGUCUUUUUCAGUCAAAUUCCUUUAACGCCCAGGGCAAAAAGACCCUGAACUUUGAGCAACGUUCUUUUUUGCUUGGUUUUUGAGGUUUUUAUGACCAUAAAGAUUUUUUUAGAGCUAGGGUUGACAAAAAUAAUGCAAACGACAAAAGAACAGGUCUUCGAUAACCGAAUUCCUUUCUCGUCUAGGGUAAAAAUAACCUAAACUUUGAGUAUCAACCUUUUUUCCUCCUCAAAAGCGCCAAAAACCAAAAAAGUUCCAAUUUUUUCGAUAAAAAAUCAAUUUCAGAUACAAUCAUCGAAACAUCGAUCCUCCGCCUCUACAGCAGUGGCAUCACAUCGGUGGCAGCGACACUCCAAAAAGCGUACGAAAGCUUUUACAACUAUCAGUUUACCAUUGCCAAACAUUGCAACCCAAACGUUAAUUUUGAUGUCGUCAAGGUGAGCACAAGACAUAAAAUGCCCUCACUCAUUGUGAUGUAUGAUCAUGAAUACGUAGUCUUAGCUGUAUCAUCUUCGAACUCUAAUUUUUUUCAGUACAUCGCGCCGGAAAAGAAAAAAUACGCGGAUGCGUUGCGGAUCUCGAUUCCGACGCUAUACGAAGCGCUAACCAGCUGUGUGACGGGUCUGUCGUAUCCGGAUACGACGAAAUAUGUAAGUCACCAUAUGAUUUUGGCUGCAAAACCAUGAUAAUUAGCAAAUUCCUAAUUAAUAAAACGACUAAAAAUCAUUUUUACUCUCGUUUUCCUUGAUCAUCUUCUGUUUUUAGAUAAAUUUAAUCCUAAAAAGCCAGUAUGAAGUUCACAGUAUUCACAUGUUAGCAAUAACGGCCUCGCUAGGCUCUGAGGAUGGCAAUACUUACGCUUUAAUGCCGGGAUAUGCGGUUGAUCUCAAUGACUAUGUGGAUAACUGGUGGUUCGAUGGGAUGACAAUGGAGCCAGCACUGAAGGCAAGGUUCAUGGGGUAAGUAAUGCCUUUCAUUCGCUAUGGCUUUUGCAAUUUAUGGCAAGAAGUGCUUAAAUUUGGGUUGCGAAUUCCGUUACAGGGUCUGCCAUCUUUGUGGCCCGAUUUGCAUUGGCUAUAACUUUUUUAUUUUUCGGCCGAAUUUGAAGAUGCUUUGUUUACCUGAAUCCUCAGAAUCCCCUAUUUUUUAUGACUAUAUAUGACAUAUUUUUUUAUUAAACUACAGUAAAAAGUAACAACUGUAAGUGUCUGUCCGAUACAAAUUCAAAUCGCUGAAUAAUUCGGGCCUUAUAUUAGGGCCUUGACGGUUUCUUCAAAGCGCUAAAAAAUCUAGCAUUUGUCAAAGACCAUGCUGUUCCAAAUCAACUUCUUUUGUCAAUUCCGCCAGCACAAAGUGUACCAUAUUUUUCUCGCUUAUAGCCCUUCAAGAAUAAAGGAUAAUGCAGGGCAACUGAGUCUCAGUAGCAACAAAACUUCUCUGUAACGGACAAUUUCCGAGGUUACCAGAGCACCGUGCAAAUGCCUUUUCAACUGUCGCUUGCACUUUAACUUUUUCUGCACAGUGCGAACGUCAAAAAUCACAACAUCGCCUAUGCGAACGGACCAGUACAACAAAGCCCCUCUAUAACGAACAAAUUUUUUUUUAUCUGUACACUUUCAUGGCGAAGCACUUUUGUUCCGAAAUUCCAUUUUUCGAUAAAAUCGUACCACAAUUCGUACGUGAUAAACGUCCGGAAGGAUAGGCAAAUUUACUCAUCAUAUGACGUAUAUGUUAAUCAAAAUUUAUGUAGUUUUAGAUAGGGGCUCCACUCUUCUCGCAAAAUUUACCCACGCAAUUGAUAACAAUCUCCGAACUGAUCGGAAAAGGCCUCUGAUUCUGAGUUGUGACUCUCUUAAGAAGUUUUAAUGUCAUCAGAUUCUUCGGGACUAUCCCUUUCAUCAUACCAAAACUAAUGCAAUGUUUGAUAAUGCUCUUUAUUUUCAAGCCCACGUCAGAGAGCGUUUUACAAGGAAAGUACUUCUAUGGGGUGUGGAAUUACCGGUCGAGAUAUAUAUCAAAAAAUUCGCAAAAAUUUUCUGAUUCAGAAUAGAUAAAAAUUAGCUGCCUAAUUUUGGUCUAUCAGCGAGUUUUUUCAAUAAAUGUUUUUCUCGAGGAAAAAAUCUGCGGCAACAAAAGCGCGCUCAGUCUCUUCCUUCGGAAGAGAGCGGUGUGGCCGAGUGGUUAGAGCGCUGGGUUGGAAAUCCGAGGGAAACGGGUUCGAUUCUUUUUGCCACACUAGAACCUAUUUUUUACAUUGGAACUACUUUUAAGGUGUAGUUGUAAUCCAACUUGAUAUUUUAAGGCUUGUCAAGGCCUCAGAAUUUAUUUUAGCACAAAACAAAAAUUUUUUAUUGGUAAAAACACGGUCAAAAAGACACUUGCAUGGUGUCGCGAGAAAACUUCUGAGGACAAAAACAUGUCAUUAGACCAAAAUUAGGCAGCUAAUUUUUAUAUAUUCUGAAUCAGAAAAUUUUUGCGAAUUUUUUGAUAUAUAUCUCGACCGGUAAUUCCACACCCCAUAGAAGUACUUUCCUUGUUAAAUGGGGGAAAUGAAAGGAAAGGUUUUUUAGUGAUGAAUUUUAGUUUAUAAACUAAAACCUGUGGCAAUAUUAUGAUACUUCUCUUGUUAGUUCCAUAAAAGAUCAAGAAAGUUACAUUACGAAAGCAUGAUUUAACAUACAGUUUUCAACGAAGAAUUACACUGGCUUAUUUGCAGACUCGUCAACGCCUUCACAAACGGUCUGCGACGAAUAACGAGGCGAUCGACAAAACUGAAAUUAGACAAAGCCGACACGUCUGUACUGAUCUUGCUUUCAAUUUGUAAAUUUGGUAAGUUUUUUCAUGACUUGAAGUAAAAAGAACUUUAACAGUGAAAGAAAUUUCCAAAAAGUCACCUACAGUUCUCCACAAGAAACACAACAAAAACUGUAGUGAGCAAUUUCAGAACCCGUUUUAGGCCAUGAUAUCUUUAAGUAUUUACUAUAAAAUCCUUCUACGUUUUAGCUUGCGUGUUUCAGGGGCGGCCGAGAUAUUCAACGAUAUUUUCGGCCGAGAAAGUGCGCGCUUUGAGAGCGGUCACAGAGAGAAUUGAAUUUUUCACUUAAGCUUUGCUAUGCGCGAAAAAAAGUGUUUUUUGUGGAAACGUUACCUUCGAAAGUUAUAUCGUAGAAGGCCUUCUACAACAGAAAUAGGCAUAAGCCUUUUAGUGGACAAAAUUUUCAAAAAAAUUGGCUGUUUGAUCACUUUACCUUAUGAAAUUUCAAAUGCAUGCCACACCUAUAUUUACUACUUAUCUGACAUGUUUAUGUCUUUCAGCGGAGGAAGACGAUGAGAACUAUGCCGAGCUUCAAAUGUACAAAGAUCGCGUGAUACGAGAAUGGUCCCACAACAUGCAAAAGAAGUACAAAGACGACGCGUGCAGGCGGAUGAGCGAGAUCAUGCUGUUGUUCAAUGAAAUCACGGUAGGAGCAUCAGCAACGAUUAGUAUUUUCACUUCAGGCAUUCCGACUCGAGGCCGCCAACAUUGACUUGCAAUUCCAAGCAUUGCGAGCGUCUGGAGCUGAUGUAGGUUGGGUGCAAUUCUAUGAUAUAUUUUUACAAGAAAAGCGCAUCAAGUGCGACGCUCAGAUUUCCUCUAAAUUUUGCAUACAAGAUAUGACAUAAGCCACGUAUUCCGAGAGCGUCAGCUAGAAAGUUUUGGUCUAAACUUGUCCCAAGUUUCAUCAAAAUCUGAGCGUCGCACUUGGAGCACUUCCAAUAUUACAUGUGUGUAGAUACUGUAUAUAUAUGUAUAAUAUAUUAUAUAUAAUGAAUUUCUAGAUUCCACAGCUUAUUCCCUGCAUUCAAAGCUGCGAAACGCAGGUAGAAGUAAUCAAAGCAAACUGCGAGUGA